AAAACUCGAGCAAGAAUAUAUAUAAAAAAAUUAAAUUAAAAUAUAAACAUGUUGGAAGUAAUGAUCAUAAGCGCCGCCGCGGUCGCCGUCACGGCGGCGGCUGUGUGGUUAUGGCAAUUUCUCGACUGGGCGUGGCGAAGGCCGAGGAAAAUAGAGGCUAUGUUUCGGGCACAGGGCAUGAAAGGGAAUUCUUACAAGUUCCUCGUCGGAGACUCCAACGACACGGCGCGCAUGUACCGGAAAGCCUUCUCGAAACCCAUCAGAAUCGUCGACGACAUCGUGCCACGUGUCAUGCCUAACAUCCACCAAGCUUUACACCAACACGGGGAUUUCUGCUUCACGUGGGCGGGGCCUCGGCCGCGCGUAUUCAUAAUGGAUCCCGACAUUGCGAGGGAUGUGUUGAGCAAGCGCCAAGUCUAUCUAAAGCCCUUCACCGCUAACAACAAGACGUUGCAAAUGUUGGUGACGGGGCUCGCUAUAUUCGAGGGCGAACAAUGGAGCAAAUCACGGUCACGGGUCAACCCCGUCUUCAAGCUCAACAAACUAUGGUCAAUAGUCCCGAGGAUCCAAAUAUGUGGCGAGGAAACUAUGAAGGUGUUGAGGGCAUCAGUGGCGAAGGGAGGAGGUAGUGCCGAAGUCGAUAUUUGCCCUCAUACAGCAAUCGUGACGAGCGGAGUUUUGGCAAGAUUGAUGUUCAAUUGUCCCUACACUGAUGAGAUCAAAGAAACUUUUCGACGGCUAGAUGAGCUCGCGGAGCUUGCAAGCUUGCACGCGAAAAUAUGGUCAUUUCCCGGUGAAAAGUACUUCCCGACCAAAACAAAUCGAAGAGCCAAUGCGAUUGACAAAUAUGUCCGAGGGAUAUUUACGACUAUGAUCAACAAAAGGUUGAAAGAUCGAAAGCCCGAGGAUGUCGAGAGUGGGUACAAGGACUUGUUGGAUGUGUUCUUGGAGGAGUUAUACGAAGGGAAGUUUUCGGAGAAAGAGCGUGGAAGACUUAUGGAAGAAGUCAUCGCGGAGUUAAGGAUAUUCUUCUUCGCGGGCUUCGAGACAACGUCAAAUCUUCUUACAUGGUCCCUUGUCUUGUUGGCGCAUCACCAUGAAUGUCAAGAUCGCGCUCGGGAAGAGGUUCUACAAAUGUUGGGCGACAAGAAAGAGAUAACUUCGGACGAUGUUUCCAAGCUCAAAUACAUAACAAAUGUUGUCAAUGAGGCGUUGCGUUUAUAUUCUCCGGGGAUGGAAAUCUCGAGGCUUGUGGGCGAAGAUAUCUCGAUCAAAGGGUUCAAAAUACCAAAGGACACAUUGCUCACAUUCCCAAUACUAAUGUAUCAUCGAAACACGAAAUAUUGGGGCGAAGAUGCCGGCGAGUUCAAGCCAGAUAGAUUCUCCGAUGGAAUGAUGAAAGCGACCGGCGGAGAGAAUGUGUUCUUUCCUUUCGGUUGGGGGCCUCGCAUUUGCAUCGGGAUGAACUUGUCGUUGAUAGAAUCGAAAGUGAUGUUGGCUAUGCUUCUUCGCGAAUUCUCGUUCGACCCGUCGCCUUCGUACGUUCAUGCCCCGUGUGUCGCCUUCACUGUUCACCCGCAGUUUGGAGCUCCUCUUUUGCUCAAGAAGCUAUAGACUUCUACGCACAUAUUCGUCUGUUGUAUCUGACAUUUAUGCGUGUAAUAAGUUCCGCCUAUUUGUAUUUGCACUUUAAAAUAAGCUUAAGUACUAAGUUGUAAUUGAAAUUUUAAUAAAACUUCGAUGCAAUAUAAGUAUUAGAAAUCUCAUGGUUGUGUUCA